AUGUUUUCUACUUUGGGAUCAUGGGAUGAGGGAAUACGAGCAUUCCUUCAGAAUGCUAGCCAAAAGGAACCUCAGCCAUGGGAUAUGGGUUAUGAGGAGAGGAGGCGGGCGACACACGAACCGCGAGUAAUACGCCAAUUGGAGCUAGAGGACGAAUGGAAAGGCACCUGUAUGGAAGGGAUAUGGAAUGGAAUGCGUCGUUUUGCACUUCCUAUCGAUGAUUACAAGGUAUCAGAGGCUUGCUUUUAUGAGUACCUUGCUUCAGUAGGUAUUAACAGUGUUUUUUUGGGGAAUAAAUUGUAUGGGAUUUUUCGUUUAGAUAAAUGCUCUGAAGUUGAUUUCCUUCGUGUUUGCAAGGCGAUCCACUUGGGGUUGACAGAUAGUAGUACAUCUUUCAACUUUCUUGAACACUGCUAUAAGUCCCUUCCUCUAAGUCCUAUUUCUGAAGAACUGGAGCGUAAUACGGUAAUAAAGGUUUCUGAGUUGCAGCGUCGCAAAAAGGAUCAAAAGACAGCAGCGGCGGAGUUGAGGUUGCAACAACUAGAGGGUAUUUUGCAGUAUUAUGAAGAGACGGGAGAGGCGAUUUUUGACAUUGGGGCCUUUUGUUCUUUGUUCUUUGACGAAAAAUGGCGCUACUGGGCGGGCAGUUUCAUCAAGCAAUUGCUUGAGGCAGCUGCAAAGUACUUUAGCUUUCCAUAUGGCGUUUUCCCCACAAUUCCUUUGAGGUGGGCAAAGACGACCGAGCCUCUUCCCUACGAUAGGAAUGCUUUGCAUGAUGCGGAUUCUCUUCUUCUUCGAAAUAUCGAAUUGACAGAAAGGGGUAACGCUGAUGGGAAACGAAAAGGCAGAAAGCAUCAUGGACGUUCAUCAAAAAGAAAGUGA